UGGACGAUGCACCCACACACACACACACAAACAAACAAUUCAUUCUUCUUCUUAUUCUCUUCCUCAUGGCGGUUGUUCACCGUCUCUUCAGGCUGUUCUCGCCGUUUACGCCGGCAAAGAAUAAUCUUUCUUCUUUCUUGAUCAGGUCUCUGUCUUCUUCUUCUCCCCAUGGGCCAUCGCUGGACCCUGAGAUCGAUCUCAAAGAAGCUGCGGCGGAGCUGGAAAAGUCCUCCUCUCCUUCUUCUUCUCCUUCUUGGACCAAAGGAAGAAACUUUCACUGGGUGUUUCUUGGAUGUCCCGGUGUUGGUAAAGGCACCUACGCCUCUCGUCUCUCCACCCUCCUCGGCGUUCCUCAUAUCGCCACCGGUGAUCUCGUACGCGAAGAGCUUUCCUCCUCUGGUCUCCUCUCCUCUCAGCUAAAGGAGCUUGUUAACCAUGGCAAAUUGGUUCCUGAUGAAUUCAUUAUAAGCUUGUUAUCAAAGCGUCUCGAAGCUGGCAAGGAGAAGGGCGAAUCUGGUUACAUUCUUGAUGGGUUUCCAAGAACCGUGACACAAGCAGAAAUACUGGAGGGAGUAAUUAAUGUUGAUCUGGUGAUCAACCUGAAGCUAAAGGAAGAGGCGUUACUAGCGAAAUGUUUAGGGAGAAGGAUAUGCAGCGAGUGUGGUGAAAACUAUAACGUUGCAUGCAUUGAUAUCAAAGGUGGUGAUGGUGAUGAUAGAAUGUAUAUGCCUCCGCUUCUUCCUCCACCUAAGUGUGAAUCUAAGCUUAUUACCCGAGCUGAUGACACUGAAGAAGUUGUCAAGGAAAGACUCCGGGUUUACAACAAAAUGACUCAACCAGUGGAGGAGUUCUACAGGAAGCGUGGGAAGCUGUUGGAGUUUGAAUUACCAGGUGGAAUCCCACAGUCAUGGCCGAAACUACUUAGAGCGUUACACCUUGAGGAUGAUAAACAGUCUGCAAUAGCCUAGUCUCUCUGUUCCUAGAUUCUUUGCUCGAGCAAGCCUACUCGUGCAUAUGCUUUAAGAUAGUGAAUAAAAGACAUACAUGUCCCUAUUAUUGUGACAUCACAAACUAAUGCAUACAUUAUAUAGUGGAGUUUUUUCUUAGUGUGGAUUCUAGUCCACCAUAGAUUGUUGACAAUGAUUUUCGUUUAGUCUGAAUCAAUGCUUAUCUUUUGCAA